ACGCAGACAAACGAUCGUUGGACACAAUAGACAAUACAUUUAGUCGUCUCAUUAUGAAAGAGUCCAUAUCUGAGAGCGACGAACAGAUAUACGACAAAAUGAUGGCUAAAUUCCUAGGCAUAGGAAACGGGAGUCCAUUUCCUACUGCCGAUGAGUCGGCCAAAGCCCUAUGUAAUAGUCCGGAGAGUACUUUAUCACCACAAGAAUUGAGUUCUGCGGUUAGAUUUUACGCCACAUUUGGCGCGAAAAUGCAACCAUUCUUUGGUGAUAUGAAUGCAAGCGAUAGUUACAAUAUAUUUAGAUGGUUUUGCAACUCGGCUGACCAGGGUCAAUUGGGUCAAGCAUUGAAUGCUAAAUUGAUUGAAUCCAAAAAGUUGCGAGAUACCGCUAUUACCAGUUUGGAGAGUUUGGACACUAACCGUUUAUACACCAAUAAAUUUGAGGCCAUGUUUGAGGACAAGUUGGCGCGCGAUAGUGUCCGCAAUGUCGGUGUUUUCUAUCGUGAAACUGUAGAUUUUGGCAAAAGUUUGAGCGUGGUAAAUGGCAGAGCAAACUGCACACUCAUCGACACGCCCGCACCCAAUAUUACGUACCGCACAUUUUUAUUGCCGUUGAUUAAAACAAUCGAUAGGUUACUCAAAAAUGAACCGGUGGCUGAAAGUGCGGAUGUGGUGACCGACAGAUUAUUAGGUCCGGCGCUCGGUAUUGGAAACGGCCGACCGUUUCCCGACACCGAAGCGGGUGCUAAGAGUUUUUGUUCGGGUGUAUUUCGAUUGACCGAACAAAACGUGUCGAUUCCUCAAAACUAUUACAAUACGUUAGGAGAGAAAACGUUGAAAGCGGUUACUGUUAUCGCCCGACCCGACGGUUACGAAACACUGCGGGGCUUUUGCGGGUUCGCAGACCCCGUCAAACUGGGCCGUGGAUUAAACAUCAAUCUCAAAGAGGCCAUUACUUUGCGCGAUAACGUGGUCAAUUAUUUGGAUAAUGCUAAUAUUGCAAACACCACUCUGGCUGAUGUGAUUUGCGUAAUUAGAUUGCACUUUUUAGCCAAAGCCCCUAAAAUAUUUGCGGAUCAAUUUGCGCAGAUUUAUAUUCAACGAAUCAUGAAUUUAUACGCGGAAAUAGUGGAUGCGGCCGAACGAAUCGCCAUGGUCAAACCGAUUAAUACUUGUACUUUUCCAAUUGGCAAUUAUCCUGGUCAAAACAAAUAUUUAACUUUCUAUGUGCCAAUGCUUAAUACAAUCAGUAGAUUUAUGAAAGGUAUUCAUGUAUAAUAUUUAUUGAACAA